AUUGAUUCUGGAAAGAUACAUACAAUGGCUGCGUCGUUAGCCUCUCUUUCCUCCUUAGCUAAAGCCGGAGCACCUUCACCGUCCAACCACCAUGUCAGCCACCGCCUUCUUCGUCCCCGACUCAUACCUCUUACUUCCUCUAUCGGGAAACAUAUCACGACGAGCUUCUCGCAGAGACAUAAGUCUCAGCAGAACAUUUCUGCCCUCGACACCUCUGACGGUGCCGUUAACGUGGAGGUAGACGAUGAUGAUGACGAAGAAGAAGCGUGUGAGCUUGUUAACGGAACAGAAGUGUCUGUUGAUGGUGUUGAAGGUUAUCUUUUAACGGCGGUAAAGAACAAUAACGGAACUGGAUUGCUUCUACUCUCUGAUGUCUUUGGCUUUCAAGAUUCAGCCACACGCGAUUUCGCUUACCGUGUCGCUUGCAAUGGCUACAAUGUUCUUGUCCCUGACCUGUUUCGUGGAGAUCCAUGGUCGAAAAAUCGACCAAAGUCCGAAUACGAGGAAUGGAGAAGAGGACACGACCCGAACCGUAUCAGACAAGACACAACUAGCUUCACAAAAUGGAUGGUCGAGGAAUUUGCAGCGGCUGGAAUCUCCAAGAAGCUAGGAGUAAUGGGGUUCUGUUUCGGCGGUGGACGUGUUGUUGACGUGUUAGCCACGGAUGAGAACGGUUACUUCAGUACCGGUGUCUCGUUCUACGGUACGCGAAUAGACUCGGCAGUGGCGGGAGAUGUGAAAGUGCCUGUCUUGUUUAUUGCUGGAGACAGAGACCCGCUUUGUGAAGUGAAGGGUUUGUAUGAAAUUGAGGAGAAGAUUGGUGAAGGGUCAAAGGUUGUUGUGUAUGAAGGAAGAGGUCACGGUUUUGUUCACCGGCCGGAGACGCCGGAAGAUGAUAGAGACGCGGAGGAGGCGUUUGCUCUCAUGAGGAAUUGGUUACAUCAUCAUUUGAUUUGAAGCCAAAUAUUUUUCUCUACUCUUUGUACAUCCAAGUUAAAAUAAAACUCGGAUUCUAGU